GGGAGUGUAGGUGACACAGGAGCAGAAGCUGUGAGCUCCUCCCUCUCCUCUGCAAUGGCUAUUUUGGGCCUGCCUUUGACAGUGAGAGCACAAUCACCCUGACAGCUGGCCACGGGGGCCAAAUCAGAACCAGCCUGUGGCCGUAUGCACUUGUUGCAGGACUGACACCAUCUCUACAGGCAGCUGGGAGUACGAAAGCCAGAGUGGGGCAAGGAAACUUCAAUACAAUCUGAAACAAAAUGACUGACUUGGCCUCGGCAAAUGAAGAGGACAAGGACCCCGACAUUGAGCUCUUUGUAAAAGCAGGUAGUGAUGGGGAGAGCAUCGGAAACUGUCCUUUCUCCCAAAGACUCUUCAUGAUCCUGUGGCUAAAGGGGGUGGUGUUCAAUGUCACCACUGUUGAUCUGAAAAGGAAACCAGCUGAUCUAAAUAAUCUGGCCCCUGGAACACAUCCACCUUUCCUCACAUUCAAUGGGGAAGUGCUGACUGAUGUCAACAAGAUUGAGGAGUACCUGGAGGACAUGCUAGCUCCUCCAAAGUACCCCAUACUAGCUGCAAAGAACAGGGAAUCAAACACAGCAGGAAACGACAUCUUUGCAAAGUUCUCUGCAUAUAUUAAGAACACAAAACCCGAGGCUAAUGCCAAACUGGAGAAGGGGCUUCUGAAGGCAUUGAGAAAACUGGACCACUACAUGAACUCUCCUCUUCCUGAGGAGAUUGAUGCAAACAGCAUGGAAGAGGAGAAGUGCUCCACUCGCAAAUACCUGGAUGGCAAUGAACUGACACUAGCAGACUGCAACCUGCUCCCCAAACUGCAUGUUGUCAAGGUCGUUUCCAAUGUAUACCGUAACUUUGAGAUACCAGGCGAGCUCGCGGGAGUGUGGCGCUAUCUACACAACGCCUACGCACGGGAUGAGUUCACCAACACAUGCGCAGCCGAUAAGGAGAUAGAGUUGGCUUACCAAGAUGUAGCUCGGAGGUUGGCUAAGUGAAACGUAACACACGGUCAUAUUUCAAGAUGCACUAAUUGUCAUAAAUGAAACUGCAAUAAGGGUUGAUUCCUCUGAUUCAGGAAAACGUGCGGUGUUUCAUAACAUAUUUCCUUUUUUUUCGUUGAGAAUUGAAGAGCUUUAUUGGGUGUAUUGCCUUAGUACACCACAUUGGACGGGUCCUUUAAAUGCCCUGGAAAGAGAGUUGUCUGAUCUAAUGCUGCCUGUGUUCACUUUGCAUGCUGGUGCCAUAUACUCCCUGGGUGUAAGUGGCAUCGAGCUCACUUUAUCAGCAACUCUGUAAUGGGAUUGAGCAAAAACACUGUGCCACUAAAAUCGUUCAUUUAAAAUCUCAUCUCUACUACUUUCGAUCUAAUUUAGUGCAGAUUGUUCGAGGCUAUCUUAUACAGUGUUUUUUAUUAGCUGUUGCGCCUUUCUAUUUUAACUACUUUACUCAGAUCACCAGUGCAUGUUAAUUAAGCAUUCUCACUCAAAAUGAGCUCAGCUGAAUGUUAGACUAUAGUAGUUAAUUAAUAAAUGGGGAUUUUAUUGAUAUUUGGUUUUCUGUCACACACAAGUUGGGUAAAUGUAUUAUCAUGUCCAUGUCUUUCGACAAGUGUUUUAUAUUUGAGCGGUUUGUUCUUAACUUGUUCCAUUUGUGUCGCAGUAAUCCGUGAACAUUUUAAUAUCAUCAGAUGUAUCAGCCUACAUUGUUUAAAGAUUAUACAUCUUAAAGAUGCUAUUUGCAAAUUAAUGUGCUUAUAUAUGUGCUGCGUUUGUAUGUUAAUUUUAAAAAAGCGAUCGAUUUUGAAAUUCGGGAUACCCAGGUCUUAAUCUUUUAAACCACAUGAUUUUUCUCUCGUGAAAAAAGGUCAAAUCAAACAAACAGCGCCAUCUUGUGCUGGAAAAUUAAAAGUAAAAAGAACAACCUUAUGUUCUGUAUGCCAGUUUCAUAUUGCGGAAGGAUUGUGUAAUUCGUCCUUAGCCAUUUUCUAAAUGAUCAGAUUGUCCACUGUAGUGUUCACAGGAACGUGUCAACUAAAAUAUAGAUAGGAGAAUAUGAUUCAUGUAUCUACAAAUGUCCUGAAUAAAGUAAAUUGUGAGUCAUUUGAAUUUUGUAUAGCUCUCAGGUAGGCUAUUCCAGGUAUUUCGAUAUGCUAAUAUGCUUGAAUUAAAUUCUCUUCUAAUGUCAAAUAAAUUUAUUUUUUAUAA